CAUUCGUCACUAUUUUUUUUUUGUUGCUCGUAAAAGGGUCUUUCCACCCGGUUUAUGUUUUAAAACUAUGAACAUGUGGAAGUACGGGCAAAAUCAAGGCAAUCAAGGAACUGGAGUCGGUGGGGCACCAAAUAUGAUGGGUGUCGGAGGCUUCAUGCAAGGAGGUAUGCAGCAAAUGCACAUGUCGCCUCAACAUCAACAGCAACAACAAAUGAACAUGAUGGGAGCACCGGGAGGCAUGCAAAUGAAUCCCAAUGCUGGUGGCCCGCCCGGUCUAAUGCCUGGAAUGUCACCGCAGCACCAAAUGCAACAGCAGCAACAAAUGAUGCAAGUGCCAAUGUCCAUAGGAUUAGGCCCACAACAGACGCCGCAGCAUGGCGUUGGCGUCGGAGUGGGAGUAGGUGUGGGGUUGGGCAGUGGUCCCCAACCUCACCAACAGCAGCAAACGAACUCUCAACAGCAACAACACAAUUCAGUGACAGGUGCCGCCGCUGGUGGUGGCGGUAACAAUGUGCUUGCCAUUCCUCAGCCAAAUCCGCACAAGGAAAUAAACAUAGUGCAGCUUUCCCGCCUUGGCCAGGAGACUGUGCAGGACAUAGCUUCGCGCUUCCAGGAAGUCUUUGCCUCUCUUAAAAACAUCCAGCCCACCUCACAUCGCGACAACAACACAGAAAAGAAGGUGCAGGAAUAUUUUCGCACAAUUCGUUUGCUCUUCAAGCGAGUUAGAAUCAUUUAUGAGAAGUGCAAUGAUGCAGGCAUGGAUUACAUGAAUGCUGAGACUCUCAUCCCCUACAAGGAUGAGGCAGAUGUGUGCAAGGAGCCUUCACAGUGUGACGAGUAUCGCAAAGUGCUGCAGGAGAACCAAGAGCUAAUCGAGACGGUGAAACUGAAGAAUCGCCAAUUGCGCGAAAUUAUCGACAGAACACGAAUCAUUAUAUGGGAGAUAAACACCAUGUUGGCCAUGCGGCGCUCUUAGUUAAUAAAUAUACAUAUAUGUAAAGAAAAACUAUAUAAAUAAUUCCAUAAUUGUUUCAAUAAAGUAGAAUAUUUAUAACAAUGAUUAA